UUUGAACUGCAGCACCGGAAACAGGUUUUUUUUAAAAUUUUUGUUGUACGUUUCUCCGCUGUUCUGUUAAGAAGACAGCCUGUGGUCACCGCUUACAGGGGAUGUGGUGCCCAUCAACAGUGCGUAGCCACGACUGACCAGCCCUCGCUGAAAUGUGCCUCAGGAAAGCACCAUUGCACUUAUAGACAGAAAUGACAGCAACUGUACUACGGAUAGGGGAUCAAUUAAUCCUCGAAGAGGAUUAUGAUGAAAACUACAUCCCCAGUGAACAAGAAAUCCAAGAAUAUGCCCGGGAGAUAGGAAUUGACCCUGACAAUGAACCGGAAUUAAUGUGGUUAGCCAGGGAGGGCAUUGUGGCACCUUUACCCCAGGAGUGGAAACCUUGUCAAGAUGUCACGGGUGAUGUCUAUUACUUUAAUUUUGUAUCGGGCCAAUCUACCUGGGACCAUCCAUGCGAUGAGCAAUACAGAAAGCUGGUUUCUAUGGAACGUGAAAAGCAGCACGCUCUAGGUGGAAGCAAAAAGAAAGAAAAGAGAAAGAAGAAAGAGAAAAAAGGGAAAAAAGAGAAAGAUGCACUUAAAUCUGCAGCAUUGAAUUUGCCAUCAAAUCUUGUAAUGGCACCUCAAGGAAACCUUGCUCCCCUUCGUGGCCUUGGCGAGCUCUCAGCAAAUACGCCCUUUGGUUUAUUGGACAAUGCACCUGUAGCUACUGGGGGACUACUGAAGAGUUCUCCUGCAUUUGGGGUCCCUAAAGCCAGUGGCCUUACGGAAACUCUUCUGGGAGCCAAGCUUGAAGAGAAGAUAUCCCUGAACCUAGCUGACCUCAGUGAAACUGAUGAAGACCUGAGCAGAGAUAAGAGUCCCUCCGAUACUGCUCAGCUCAUGAAAAACUUCCAUUUAGAUGUGGAAUCGCUUGGCAUUGGUUUUGAAUAUGAGGAAAGUGCAGAGAUCGAUGUGGAUGCAGAUCAGGAUCAUGUUGAUGAAGGGACCGAACCUGAACUUCAAAACCUCCCAGCAUCUGAUGAAGAAGCAGAAAGUCAGAAAGAGAUGCUGUUCGAACAAAGCCAAGUAAGAAGUGAACCCAGAAAUGUGCUUGAUUCAGACAGUCGUGAUGUUCAGCCUCCAACCCCCGAUAAGUUAACUUCUGACAAAGAGGCUGAUGAUAUCGACAUCGAUUCCAAUGAUGAAAUGCUAGAAGUCAGAGGUAAAAGUGAGAGUGAUGCAGGAGGUGGUAUUCUGAUGAGACCUGUCCAGCCAGGACAACUGGGACAUGCAGUGGUGAUUGAUGAAGCUGAAAGUGAAGAAAUUGGACCAGGAGCUAGUCAAUGCUACUCUGUUGAUGGAAUAUCAAAACUGUCCCAGGCUGGAGAUGUAGAUUUGAAGUCUGAGCACAGAAACGAGAGAGACCCUAAACUGAAUUCUGCUGCUGAACAGCCAGUUUUGGAAGAAGAUGUCGAUAAAUACAAUGGACCAAGUGAAAAGAAGACUGUGAUGCCUUCCAAGAACCCUGAUGAGUUGUGUAAUCCACUUCAAAAGGAGGAGCAAGAGACCAAGGAACAAAAUCUUGAAGAACAAAGGAAAAGAGCAGAGCCUUCUGAAAGAAUCAUUUAUCAGGAGCAAGAGAAAGACAAGGAACUACUGCAGGCACAGAAAUCAAAGGAGGAGUCUGACAAGUUGAACCAGGAGCUAGAAGAGGAAAAGAAUCAGAUACUCAAAGAAAGGGAGGAGCAGCUUCGUAAACUCAGGCAACAGGAGGAAGUGGAAGCCCAGCAAAUUUAUCGAGAUAAAGAAGAAAAGCUCAGGUUACUAAAAGAAAAACUCAGGAUUGAGUGGGAGGAAGAGGAGGCACGACUAAAAGAGGAGCAGGGCAGUAUAUUGCUCAAACUCCAAGACCAGGUUAAAAUGGAAAUGGAGACAACAGAGAAAGAAAUUGGGGCUGAGAAGGAAGCCAGGCUCGUACAGCUCAAAGCAGAACUAAAAUCAUUUUUAGCAACUGAGCAACAAAACUUAAAGGCUGAAAAGUGUGCAAUUGUGGAGCAGAUAAGGAAAGAGAUGGACAAAACCUUAGAGGAAGAGAAGAUUCAGCUGGAAGAGAAAAAAGAAGAGGCUCUGAGUGAGCUAAGGGAAAAGCUACAAAAAGAAACAGAAGAGGAACUGGAGCUACUCAAGAACAAACACUCAACUGACCUUCAGGAGCUGACAAAGACAGCUGACGAAAAGCAUCAAAAAGCACUUUCUAGUCUCCAGAAACAGAUCAGUGAUGCCCACAAUCAAGAUUUCCAUAAAGCACAGAGAAAAAUACAACAGAUUGCAGACUAUGAGCAAAAGCUGAGUAAUUUGUUGAAAGAAAAACGUGAUGAAGUGGAGAAAGAGCAUGAGAGGAAACUGGAGCAGCUUAAAGAAGAACACCAACAAACUAUGGACAGAAUUAGAGAGGAAUAUGAAGAAAAGGAGCGACAGCAGAGAAGUAAACUGCUAAAGCAGCUGCAGGACGAGCACGAGCGUCUAACCAAGUUUCAUGAGCGGGAGAUUUCAGUUCUUGGUCAGGAGCUGGAGCGUCAACUCAGUGAGUUGCAAAAAUCAUAUGAGAAAAAAGAAUUGAAAAUUAAGAAGUCUGAAGAGCAGCUGGAGAUGAGAAGCAGAGAACUGAAUGCCAAGUGCAAUUUGCUGCAAAACCAGGAAAUGUCAUUGAAACUGAAGAGGCAACAAUUCCGUGCAGAGGAGGAACAGCUGCAGAGGGACCAGGCUGAAAUAGUUCUUUCUCAACCAAGCAAACAAGAAAUAGAACAAGCAAAAUACGAACAUUCCUCAUUGCAAGAGUCAAUCCGUCUGUCCCACCAGCAAUUGUAUAAUCUACAGGGCCAGCAAGUGGAACUCAAAGAGGAAGUUGAUGCGCUCAGAAAUGAACGUCAGCAUCUCCAAAAUAGAAUCAGUGAAUUGAAGGCAUCAAUCAAAAUGAAACAAAAUACCAUGAAUGAAGAACUUGUAAUCAACAGAGACUCUGGUGGCAGUGAGGGGGAUGAACUUCAGAUUGCGGAUUUGAGUUCACACAGAAAAGAUUGUCCAAAUUACAGCACCUCCUCCAUUCUCAUAGCUGAGGACAAACAAGUCAACAUGGAUGAUGUGCGAUACUAUAUCUCUGCUGAAGGCCAGUCUAUCAAUAAAGCCAAGGAGUUUCUCGUGAAACAAACCCACUCACUUCGGAAGCAACAGACUGCACUCAAGUCAGCUAAGCAGCAGUGGAGGCAUGACAUGAGAAAAGCACAAGAGCAGGUGCAAGACCCAGAGAGCUCUCAAAUUCUGCAGGAUGUCUGGAAAAACCUGGAUCAGGAAGCUCGGCACCUGGAUGAGAUGAAAUUAACAAUGGAGAAGGGGCAAGCAUUACUACAAAAGAAGAAAGAAAAGCUAAAUCAGCUGGAGUCAUCUUUUGCUGGAGGGCUUUCAGAUGAAGACUCGCCAAAAGUCACAGAGGGCAAAAAGGCUGUUACUUUUGAUCUUACAGACUCGGAUGACAUCUGCAGCACUGUCAGCAUUGAUCUUCCUCAGCAGAAAACGUUGAUGACGGAGCAUGCCAACAUGCAGCAUCUCAGCGAUUCCAUUCAGAAAAUCUCUCAGGACCUUAACAGUGUUCUUUCUGUCCUUGGAUCAAUGGGAGCACAGCAGUCCCCAGUUUUCUCCACAGCCCAAGAUUUUAGCAUCCCCGGUCCUGGCUGCAGUAAAGCUUUAUCUGUGUAUGCCCCCCAGACUGGUGGGUCUCCUAACAACAUUACCCUGUCUUCACAAUGGACCUGGAACAGAAAAACAAAUCCCACAUUCCAUCAUCCCACAGCUCAAUCUCUGGACGAUAUGUUAAGUGAGAAAUGGCGCAAAUACUUUCCAGGAGAAAGGCAAUCCCCUGUUGGAAAAUCAUCAUCUUCUGAGAGCCGGUUAGGAUACAUUUCAGCAAGUAACCAGAUGAAGAUGUUCAAUCAGUCCCACUCAAAGAUGGUACCAAAGAAGAGCAUCUCUUUUAAAGAAGUGAUUGAAGCUAAUAAAAGGUGGUUGGAAAAUUACAGAAAAAACCCAAAAAUCUCACUCACUGAAGCAAUGAAAAACUCUGAAUUGAUGGAAGGCCUAAUCCAACUUGAACUGGAUGAAAAGAAUCAAAUCAUAGUCCACCAAUUUUGAAAAGUUGAGAUUAUUGUUAUUUAGACGCGUGUAGUGAACAAAUAUGUCUUCUAUAAACCAGCCCCAUGCUUCUAAAAAGUGCUAUUUCACAAAAUAUAAUGGUAAUUAAUUUGAAACUGUUAUAGUUAGCAAUAAAAUAUUUUCUAACUAAUAUUUUUUUAAGUAACCUGAGUGAUUAUUUUUUAGCAUGUUAUAUGUAUAAUACCAAAAACGCUGGUGUCUCACCAUGCUUUCUGCCAAAGGUAUACCUAAUUAAAGUGUGCAUCAAAUGCUUUAUUUAUUUUCAAAUUCAAUGGU